CUCUCUCCACCUUCUCUGCUUCCAAAAAAACAUGACCUCCAACUUCUAUAUUAUAAUAUAAUAUAUUCCCUUUACUGUAAUAGUGUCUUCUGAUCUCUUAAAAGCAGAGAAAUAUAACUUAAUUAAGAAAAGUUCAAUGGAAAAGUAUGAGAUUCUUAAGGACAUUGGCUCUGGCAAUUUUGGGGUUGCCAAGCUGGUCAAGGACAAGUGCAGUGGGGAGCUUUUGGCUGUCAAGUAUAUUGAGAGGGGCCAUAUGAUUGAUGAGCAUGUUCAGAGGGAAAUCAUGAACCAUAGAUCCCUCAAGCAUCCCAACAUUAUUAGGUUCAAAGAGGUGUUUUUGACAGAGACCCAUUUGGCCAUAAUGAUGGAAUACGCCUCCGGGGGAGAGCUAUUCGAUCGAAUUUGUAAUGCGGGAAGAUUUAGUGAGGAUGAGGCAAGAUUUUUCUUCCAACAGCUAAUAUCUGGAGUCAGUUAUUGCCACUCUAUGCAAAUCUGUCAUAGAGAUCUCAAGCUUGAAAACACGCUUUUGGAUGGAAGCUCGACGCCCCGCCUCAAAAUAUGCGAUUUUGGCUAUUCCAAGUCUGCAGUUUUGCAUUCACAGCCCAAGUCCACAGUUGGAACCCCAGCAUACAUUGCACCAGAAGUCUUUUCAAGAAAAGAGUAUGAUGGAAAGAUUGCAGAUGUUUGGUCUUGUGGGGUUACCCUAUAUGUGAUGCUGGUUGGUGCUUAUCCCUUUGAAGACCCUGAGGACCCAAGAGAUUUCAAGAAAACCAUCACUAGAAUAUUAAGUGUUCAAUAUUCAAUCCCGAGCUACGUCCGGAUAUCCAAGGAGUGCAAGCAUCUCUUAUCUCGGAUAUUCGUGUCAGAUCCUGACGAGAGGAUAAGCAUAGAGGAGAUCAAGAAACACCCAUGGUUUCUUAAUAGCUCUUCAGAAGAAACCAUGGACUCUUCACUCGAAGACAGCAAUGGAGAAGCAAAUGGUGAUGAUGAUGAUGAUAAGAAUAGAGCUUGGCAGAGUGUUGAACAAGUGUUGGCCAUUAUACAAGAGGCUCGCGAGGCGACCGGACCGGGUGGCCUACUGGUUGAUGACAUGGACGAAAUAGACUUUGAUGGGGAGAUAGAUGAGGAGGAGGAUGAUGAUGAUAUGGAGUCAAGUGGGGACUUCAUACGUGCAUUUGUGAGCUAGCCAAAGUCACUACUACUAUUUCAUGCCAUUGUCAAUGAACCUCAUCAUUCUAUAUAUGUUUGUGCUCUCUACUCUCUUUGUUGCGCUGAAAAAUUUCUAACUUGUAAUGUAAUCUGCACUAUAAGUUGGAAAUUUUUCAGUGAGAUUGAAGAAAUAGUAUGAAUUUAAAGGAGUUAUUGCUUGAACUGAAGAAUAAUGACAAUAGUAAUUU